CCAGCCAAAUCGAGGGAGUUUCUAUGGUACCACGAUGGCCGAAGACUCAAAGAAGACCAAGAUCCCGACCAGAGAUCUCAUCCUGAAAGCCGUGUCCGCCUGCACGGACCGGAAAGGUCUGUCUUUCUGCGCCCUGAGGAAGGCGCUGGCCGCGGAGGGAUACGACACGGAGACGUACAACGCCAUCCACCUGAAACGCUCCGUGAAGAGCUUACUGGAGAAAGGUCUGCUCGUGCAGGUGGCCGGACGCGGGGUAUCCGGGUCCUUUAAGGCCGCAGAUAAAACCAAGAAGAAAGUGAAGAAAGACGCCGAUAAUGCGAAACAACCGGCCGCCAUGACGAGACCCCAGACAGCGAAGACACAGACGGUGAAGGAAGAGUCCGAAGACAGCGAGCGAGAGGCCUAAAAAGUAAACCCACCAAGUUUGCUAAAGGCUCUUUUAAGAGCCGCCCAAAUGUCAAACAUAGGAGCUGAUUUCCAGUCUUAUGUAACAUUACUUACAACAUUAUAAGUUAAUUUCCUUCUGUGCAUGGGGAUUUCGGGCCCAGCCAGGGGGUGAUCGACCCCUGACUUGUGUCCGAGUUGGUAUCCUGAUUUACGGAUCCACAUCCACCAUCAGGCCUCGUCAGCAUCCUCCAGUUCUGUGUUGUCCUUUUUACAGUUUUGACAGGUUAAACAAAGAACUACAGACCAACAUUAAAACUGAUCUUUUUUUGCUCAAAUCUGAGCUUUUUAAUAAAUUGUGCUAAAAAUUGUGCUGUUUCAAUAAAGUCACAUAGUACCUUUUUAUGGCCAGAACCAGGAUUAAAACAUACAAACAAUACAAUCAUAAUCAUAAAGUGAGGGAGAAUUAAAGACCCCCAUCACUAAAAAUAAAUACUAACAAUAAAACACACUGGGGCAAAUAAGUCAAACUGUUAAAAUAUACAAAUUAAAGAAUAAAACACGAAUACACAUCUAAUACAUGAUGAGAAUAAUAAUACAAUAUGACAUAUUAAGCAGCGUGUUAGAAUAAAUAAAAUACUGGUCCAAAUCAGAUGGUUCUGAUGUUUUUGCAAUGAGACAUCCAGUGUACAUAACAGACAUAAGCACGUAUAAAAUCACCUAAACAAAACAAACAGAAACUCCUGAAUAUGAAAACAUAUGUGAUUGUCCAUUAACCACAGUUUAUAUAUGUUCUGUGGGUAAAGUUUGACUUCUACACAUCUCAACAACCAAGAUCACUUUAGGACCGAGACCUUCUCACACUGGAAUCAGAUGUGAAUCACAUUUAAAAAUAUAAUGUGAACGAAGCAAACAUAAAUAAAUCAGAUCUGAGCAAUAAGACUUGCAGUGUGAAUUUAAACAGUUUGCUUGAACGGCCUCCAAAUGAAGAUAUUUGAACUAAAAAAACAUUAUGGUUGAACAUGAAUAACACAUUGAUUAGAAAUAUCAAAAGGAGGCAUUAUAAAUCAAUACAGUGUUAUUUCCAAAUCUUCAGACAUUUUUUAAUUGAACUUAAGCCGAUCACUUUAAUGUGUUAUGGUGGUAAUUCUCUCUUUUUUAGCAUGUUACUCUUAUAAUUAAUCUAAAGUAAUGUGUUAUAAACUCUGCAGCGAGCAACAACAUCUGUAUAUUUAAGUCUUUUUCACUUGUUUGUUAUGUUGGGCCACUCUGAGCCUUACUGGAGCAUUAAGUCAUAAUCCCUGUUUGUAUUAAAGGAGCAGUUUAUAGGAUUUAAUCUU